AUGGGCCUAACAAUUCCAUUUAAAGUUGGAGAUGCUGUAGAGUUAAGAUCCUUCGAAGCUGGUUACAGGGGUGCAUGGUUCCGUUGCAAGAUCACCGGUACCAGGAAGGGUCACACGGAGUAUCAGUUGGAGUAUAUGGACUUUCCAGAUGAAGGAAGGAGCUGGGAGAGACUAUACGAAAUUCCCCCAAAAUACUGUCGGAAAGCAGGCCAGAAAGCAGGUCAGAAUAGGGAGCUCAUGCUUCGACCUCCUUAUCCUCGGUGGUGUGGGGAUAAUUAUAUUCCUGAGUAUGGCCAGAAGAUGGAUGUUGUAGCAGUUGUUAUCAAUCCUUGGAAAGUAGGUGACUUGGUUGACUGGUGGCACAAUAGUUGUUUCUGGACUGGGAAAAUUAUUGAGUUACUGGGCGUUGACAAAGUUAAGAUAGCUUGUACUGAAAUACCGCUAGGUGAAGGUGGAUGUUAUGAAGCCGAUGUUGAUGACCUGAGGCCAGCGCUUGAUUGGUCCCUCGAAAAAGGGUGGAGCGCUCCUCUUUCAAAGGAAAAUGGUGAAAGCUGGUAUACUGCUCGUUUGGUCACAGAGAACCCAGAUACAGGAAGUAGCAGCUUAGAUGAGGACAUCGAGCAAUCUUAUGGUUGCAUCAAGGAAGUACAGAAGUGCUUGAAUGGAUCAUUUGACACAGGGAUGCAGGAAUUACGGAAGUGCUUGAAUGGAUCAUCUGUUACCACGAAGGAAGCGAUGGACCGAGAUGUAAAACAUCUAGCCAAUACAUAUGUCAGGCGCUCCAUGAAAAGUCAAAGGCGCAGUGAGGAGGAGCAGCAAAAAUGCAGAAAUGAAGAGCUUGAUACGUCUCUAGAGGCCAGAUAUCCAAUAGCGCAACUUGCACCCGAUGAAACCGAUGAACACUGCAUGAACAGCCAAGCAGAUUGCCCGACGUCUACAAUGGCCAAUUCUGGACAGUCUUCUUACUUCCUUACCAAUGGCCAAUCAGGUCUCGCCAGUUUUAAAAAGCUCAAGACCUCAACUGAGCAUGCAUCAGUUCAGCCUCCAUCUCCUGACACUGUUUGUGAGGCUUUGAUGGAUGUGGAGAAAGUAGCACACCAAAUCAGAAGGGCCGAGGAUCUCCUGCACUCUAUUGACGAUGCUCCAUCAAGCAGAGCGCUUGCGCCUUCUUGGAGGUUCAGUCGGUAA